AGGGAUUGAGCUUAAUUUUCCUGUUAACAGCAAAUUCAAAAUCAGAGAGUGAGAAGCAUGAAGAUAGCAAUAGAAGGAUGCAUGCAUGGCGACCUGGACAAAGUCUACCAAACACUCAAACUCAUCGAAUCUCAAAACGGAACCAAGAUCGACCUCCUCCUCUGCUGCGGCGAUUUUCAGGCAGUGAGAAACGAGAGAGACAUGGAGAGCUUGAACGUGCCGUUAAAAUAUCGGGAGAUGAAGUCGUUUUGGAAGUACUAUUCAGGCCGAGAAAUUGCUCCCGUUCCUACGAUAUUUAUCGGUGGAAAUCAUGAAGCUUCUAAUUACUUAUGGGAAUUGUAUUAUGGAGGAUAUGCGGCGCCUAAUAUAUAUUUUUUGGGAUUUGCUGGUGUGAUUAAGUUUGGGAAUAUUAGAAUUGGUGGGCUUUCCGGUAUUUAUAAUGCACGCAAUUAUCGUACAGGACAUCAUGAGAGGGCGCCAUACAAUGAGAGCAGUAUAAGAUCAGUGUACCAUGUUCGUGAGUAUGAUGUGCAUAAACUGAUGCAAGUUGAGGAACCGAUUGAUAUUUUUCUUUCACAUGAUUGGCCUGUUGGGAUAACUGAUUGUGGGAAUUGGAAGCAGCUUGUUCGGUAUAAACCUCAUUUUGAGAAAGAGAUUCAAGAAAAAACUCUUGGAAGUAAAGCUGCUGCUCAACUGCUGGAAAAAUUGAGACCUGCAUAUUGGUUUUCUGCUCAUCUGCACUGCAAAUUUGCCGCUGUUGUUCAGCAUGGUGAAGGUGGCCCAUUGACAAAAUUUCUUGCACUUGACAAGUGUCUUCCGCGUCGCAAAUUUUUACAGGUUAUUGAAAUAGAAUCGGAACCUGGACCUUAUGAAAUUCAAUAUGAUGAAGAAUGGCUGGCCAUAACGAGGAAGUUCAACUCUAUCUUUCCAUUAACGUUUAAAAAUGCAAAUUUUGGGGCUACGCAGCUUGAAAUGGAAGAUUGUCGGCAAUUUUUCAGUAGCAGGCUACAAGAAAGAGGGACCAAACCAUUUGAAUUUACACAGACUGCUCCACCUUUUGAUCCCACUCAAUCAGACCCAAAUGGUUCCUUUUCUGGAUGUCCAAGGAAUCCUCAAACAGAAUCAUUGUUGCAGCUUCUGGAACUUCCAUAUCUUUUGGACAGCACAUCAGAAUCAAGAGAAGGAAGAUGUAGUCCUAGUGCUGCCCAGUUAAUUCAGAGAGGUUCUUUUGUUCAUAAUAGUGAAGAAAUUCCUAUUGAUGAUGUGGAUGAAUCAGAACUUGAAGAAGCUGAUGAUGUGGACACUAGAAAAGAGUAUUUUCUGGUUCUUGGUCUCUUACAUGCUGUUGUUGUUGCUCCCCCUGCUUCUGCCAGUCUCUUUUUCAACUUUUAUGGAGCUUCAUGCCCAACUGCUGAACUUAUCGUUUCAAACACAGUUAGAUCAGCUUCCUCUUCAGACCCUACCAUCCCAGGGAAGCUACUUCGUUUGGUUUUCCAUGACUGCUUUGUAGAGAUGUCAUGGUUACAGGGCUGCGAUGCAUCCGUGCUGCUGCAAGGAAAUGGGACUGAGCGAAGUGAUCCAGGGAACAGAUCUCUCGGAGGGUUUCAAGUUAUUGAUUCAGCUAAAAGAAUGCUUGAAAUCUUCUGUCCAGGAACUGUUUCUUGUGCUGAUGUUGUUGCUUUGGCUGCUAGAGAUGCUGUUGCAAUUACUGGUGGACCUCAGCUUCAGAUUCCAACUGGUAGGAGAGAUGGGAGGGUAUCGGCAGCCGCAAAUGUGAGACCUAAUAUUAUAGACACGACUUUUACAAUGAAUGAGAUGAUUAACAUCUUCACUGCUAAAGGAUUAUCUAUUGAAGACCUUGUUGUGCUAUCAGGAGCUCACACUAUAGGAUCAGCUCAUUGCAGCGCAUUCAGUGAUCGGUUCCAAGAGGACUCCAAGGGGAAGCUCACACUCAUCGACACAUCUCUAGACAGGAAUUAUGCAAAUGAACUAAUGCAAAGAUGUCCAGUGGAUGCAAGCGCUUCAAUAACAGUUGUUAAUGAUCCUGAAACAUCCUCAUCAUUUGACAAUCAGUACUACCGAAACCUAGUGGCCCACAAGGGCCUUUUCCAAUCAGAUUCAGUUCUUUUAGAUGACAAAAGAACAAGGAAUCUAGUACAGGAUUUUGCAAAUGAUCAAGAGAAGUUUUUCCAGAGUUGGAGCCAGUCAUUUUUGAAGCUAACAAGCAUUGGAGUAAAAACAGGUGAGGAAGGGGAAAUUCGCCAAUCUUGUUCAAUGACUAGUGGAUGAAGAACUUUGAAUGAGUUGGUUUUCUCGGCAAGCUCCAUUGUAGCCCUCUCAUUGUUAUGAGAACAGGAAAGAAAUCCAAAUUCUGCUCUCAAAACAAGAUAGUGCUUCCAAAUGUUAGAAAAAUAGGGGCAUCAAUGCACCUAGCAAGCAACAAUGGCAUAUAACUACAACCCUUCUGCAUUUGUUCAUAAAUUUAGUCAUUUGGUUAGGAUAUGAGGUUAUUUGUGCACUCACUUUUCAAUCUUUCUUCUCUAGUUUGAUAGGAGCUGUCAUGGGUGAUUUUAUGUGUAUGGAACUUCAUUUGUUUCUAUUUUCUUCGAAUAAUGUAUGAUGAGGUAAGGGUUUGGUAGGCAGAAAAUAACUCACCUUCGUAGAA